AUGUCAACACCGCCACUCGAAAUUCACAUUCAAGGUACCUCUCAAGUGCAACUUCCAGCUGAACGUGGCAAUUUAGUGGUUGCUGUAACCUCAGAAGGCACCUCACAAACAUCGGUUUUCGAGGCAGUCACCCAAGCAUCCAAUAAUCUCCAAGCUCUCUUCAAGCAAUUAUCCACAAAACCACAACACUCUUCGAAUUCUCCCGAGGCUGCAAGUCAAGAGCCUCCAGUAACUAUUUACUCCAUGGCCAAUCUUCGCACGCGCUCCUGGCAGCCUCCAGACUAUGAUUCUAACGGCGAACCCUGGGCUCGUGUUCACGAAGCAUCUUCACAUUUUGAAGUCACUUCUAUAUUCAUCAUGCCCAACGCAGAGAUUCGCUCAGCUGCUUGGUCUUUGACCGAAGAGACAAAAAAGGCCGCUGGGAUAUUAUGGAGGGAACAGGCAAUCAAAGAUGCGAUUAGUAAAGCGGAUGAUUAUGCGAGGGUUCUUGGCAGGGAAGUGGCAGCGGCAGAAGUUAGAGAUAACGGGACCAACCUUAAGGCAGUGAAAAGAAAGGGAUAUGCGGCGAUGGUCCCGAGAAGGGGCGUAGGCGCGGAUCAGAGGACUUUAGUAGAUGGAUUGGCUUUGGAGCCGCAGAAUGUGGAAAUUAUUGAGAAGGUUCACGUGGGGUUUGUUAGCGUCGAUGGAGUUUAG